AUGAUUCACUCCUCCACACAGGGCGACGAGUGCCCAUCACCAGCAUCACCAACCGAGGUGCCACGUCGCCGACAGCAAUGUGGCAACCAAACGUCAUCGGACCGACACAAUACAAUGACGGAUGGCCAACAUGACAACGUGUCAACGACGACACGGGAUGACGACACCAGACAACGACACCGGACAACGACACCUGACAACGGCAACGCGACAAUGACAACCGACAGCAACGAGGAAAUGAGACAAGGAAAAUGGGAUGACAAUGACGGUGCUAUGAUGUCCAGGACAACAACGACACAGUAA